CGCCGCCGCAGACGUCAUGAGCGUCUUACUACCCAACAUGGCGGACUUUGAUACCAUUUAUGAGUUGGAAGACGAAGAGGAUGAGCACGUAGUGAGUGAGGAACACUUGCCCAGAUACUGUCCGGAGCCCGUGGUGAUGCGAGGGGCCGGACACAUCACAGUGUUUGGACUGAGCAACAGAUUCGACACAGAGUUUCCCUCUGUUCUCACGGGAAAGGUGGCGCCAGAGGAAUUCAAAACCAGCAUUACCAGGGUGAACGCCUGCUUGAAGAAGAAUUUGCCUGUGAAUGUGAAGUGGCUUCUCUGCGGCUGCCUGUGCUGCUGCUGUACAGUAGGCUGCAGUCUAUGGCCUGUUAUCUGCCUCAACAAGAGAACAAGACGAUCCAUUCAUAAGUUGCUAGAGUGGGAAAAUAACCGGUUAUACCACAAGCUGGGGCUGCACUGGAAACUCAGCAAAAGAAAAUGUGAAAGCAGUAAUAUGAUGGAAUAUGUGAUUCUUAUAGAAUUCUUACCCAAAUAUCCUAUAUUCAGACCGGACUGAGGAGCCGUUGACAGACUGGACGUGUGGCCCUUGAAUCUUCUCCUUAGUGCCUUGUAUAUACAGUAUGUUGGAAAAAGGGUCUGCACCGCUGUCUCUCGUGACGACCCCGUAAAUCUCCCAGUACCUUGUACAUUAGAAUUUGCAACACUGUCACUUUGCUUUAGAGCAGAUUUUUGCACAUUUUCCCGACAGACCCAGACAUGUCCCCUUCGUUGCACUCGGAUGUGUUGUUUUUUGUUACAUGUGACAAAUAAGUGAAACUCUCCAAAAGUGCAUUUACCCCAAAGAACCAUCAGCUCAUCCCAUCGAUCAUAUCAGUAAUCCCUUGCAAAGAAUGUGAUGCCUCCACCUUCCUAAACGGUCCUUGCCUUAUGUAUGACCUUUUGUUUUUAAAUAACAUGUAAGAGGAGGGAGGAAGGCACUCAACAAGUGUGUCGGUAAAAAUGCUGAUUGUUGGGUUGGAAUCCAGUUCUUUGCAAGAAGAUGGGAUGGUUGACAUUGCCUAACGUACGGUGUGCGUCCUCACCUUGUGUUCUCUCUUUACAUUUGACCCUCUGUACCUGGGAACUAGCUAGUAUGAAACUUGACCUGUAAAUAUAAUGUUAGAAUAAGAUGUACAGUUGUAUACUAUUGUUUACAUAAAGUUACUUAGCUCUUUAGUUUUUCUGCCAAUAUAUUGCUGUACCAUAGUUUGGAUUAAUGAAAGAUGUCUAUGUACCUCUGUAGUUUAUAUGGACCUGUUACCUGUAAGCCAUAUAGUUAUUUUGUUUGAUGCCAGAGUUUUUAGGACUGUUUAUUGCACUUAAGCCCAGUAGAAAAUCAGGAUUUUGGACGGUAAUGCAUCCUGAAGAGUCCCCCGCAGCAGUGCAUGUAACCAUUUGCUUUUUGCCAAUAAAGAUGACACUAAACGAGUCGUCGUCCAAUAAAACUGGAGAUGGCUGCAUCUCUGAUGGAAGAAAAUGUGUUAAACUUAGGUUUUAAAAAAAAAAUCAUUAACGUUUUUAUUAUUUUUUAUAGUUUUAUACUUUUCCCUGUGCUGUGUUUGCUCCUCCCGAUGUGUUGGGAAACAUCAGUGCAUGGCGUAUCGAGCAGAUGCCUCCUUUGUUCCAGUCAUUCUCUCCAGUGUUGUAUUAUUUUCCUGAAUCUUAGACCACAGAUUGCUGCAUUGCGUUGUGUUAGUGCCUCUGGAGUAGCUGGUGAACCACAGAGAAGACAGGGUGAAAUCUGUUCUCUUGUACGAAGGAGAUUUAAAAUCCUCCUUCCAGUAUUGUCCCUGUUACAACUCCUGUAAACGUUUGUCCUGGUGACCUGAUCCCUACGGAGAGAGAGAGAAUAAAUUGUUGAUUUUGA